AUGAAACCGACACAGCCUCAGAAACCGGAAAAACAACAGAUACGGCAGAUGAAAUUUGAAAUGUUCUGUAAAGGCUGUACUUCUACGCUUCCACAAUCUGACCCAACAGUUGAGAUAGAACUAUCUGAUAGACAAGAUGAGGUACAUGAUCAACAAGAUGACGCUGAUUUCUCUGACAGACAAGAUGGGUUCCAUGAUCAACAAGAUGACACUGAUGUCUACAAUGAUUCAGCGCUCCUGACAGACUCAUUUAACAUGCCGCAUCGAAUAACUGAUGAUCAACAACCUAUAUUAGAGGGACCUCGUCCUACCAAUCCUGAUGAAACUGUCUUAGAAAAAUCUCCAGAAACAUUCACCUUGGUUGAAGGAGCUUCACAACGGAAACAACCUCUUCUCGUUUCCAGCACAGGAUACGCUUAUAGUAUCAAGCGGACCAACAAGACGUCAGUUCUUUGGAGAUGCACAAAUCGACUGAAAGGUGCCCAUUGUCCAGCAACUGUUGUGCAGAAGGGGAAUGACUUCACGCAUGGUAGAAACAGUCACGUUCACAGUUUUAUUCCAAAUCGGGUUACAAAGACGACUGUUUACAGAGAUGUUCGUACCACAGCGCAAGAAAGAUUGACUGUUGCGGGGAUGGAGGUAGUUGAUGCAGUAGUGAGUGAACAAUCUUCAACAGCCAACUUCCCAAAGAAACGGUUAUUAAAGCGUGUGGCAAAUAGAAAUAGGUCCAGACUACGUCCUAAGGAACCUAAGGAUUUGUCCUUUGAGGUAAAUUAAUCUGUCAAACUUGAAAUAACAAUUUACAAAAUUACAAUAACGAACCUGCUUUAAUAGCCGAAAAGAAUAUUUUUAAGUAAUAUAAAUACUGC